AUGUCUACGGUCUUAAUUAUAAAACACCUGCCUCCAAACUUAUCUUUCCAAGAUAAGGAAAAGUUAUUGCAUCAUUUCGGAGCUGAGAAAGUAUGGGGACCCGAGAAAAGAGACUAUGUGUUUGCUUCGUUUUCUACCAAAGAAAAAGCAAAAAUAUCUUUGCAGCGUCUUCAUCAACUGGAAAUAGCUAAGAGACGUUUAGUAGUUGAAUAUUCGUUUGAAAAAGAACCGACUCUACAAAAUAAACAGAAUGAAGACUCAGUUUCAGACACCACCAAACAUAUUAAUGAGUUCUUGCGGACUCUUAACGCUUGGAAUCCUUCUGUAGAUUUUUACCAACCACCGCCAGUACAUCUUAAAUAUAAAUAUCCUACAGCAAAUUCUUUAACAUGUAUAAACAUUUUGUAUUCACUCCUUCUACAUAAACCAUUUUAUAUUCAAACAUUACAUCUCAUGAACAAAAUGAGCUUGGAGCUCCCAUUUGAAGAAAAUGAAAAAGCUUUAAAUUAUUUUAAGGAGACUUUUAGAGAAUAUUUUCUUGAUGAAAUUUAUAUAACUGCCCCUAAUGAACCCAGCGAGUCAGAAAUAUCUAGUGAUGAUAAUGUACAGCCAAAAGAACAUUUACCGUCUAUGGUGAAAAGGAAACAUUUGCUGCCCAAGACAAGGAAACGGGCUGCAGCAGUGCUCUCAACAGCCAAUCUACCAAUGUCUAAAAGAGAUAAACCUACACACCAGGAAGAUGUGUUUGAAGUUGUGGCUCCUGUUGCUGAAGUCAAAAAAAUAUCAUUGGUUGUAUCACAAGAUGCUCUACAGAAGCAGAUUGAAACUCCUGAAAUAGUGGGGGAGCUGGGAAAGUUUCAAAAGGAAGAACAAAGCUCAGUUCAAGAAGAGAAAAUUGAGGAACCCGAUAAACCAUCAAUAACAAAGAAAGAAAUUUUGAAGAAUAGGCUAUCUUAUAGGGAAAUGAAGGCUUUACCUGUUUUCAAAAACUAUCACCCUGGAGAACCAUCUAUGAGGCUAUACAUAAAAAAUCUUGCAAAAAAUGUAACAGAACAAGAUGUACAAAGAAUCUAUAAAAGAUACGUGGAAGACAUGAAUGAAGAGGAGCAGGUUGGGUUUGAUGUGAGGGUGAUGCAGGAGGGACGAAUGAAGGGACAGGCCUUUGUGACAUUUCCAUCUGUAAAGUUGGCAGAACAGGCUCUUAGUGAAACAAAUGGUUUCAUACUGAAUGAAAAACCAAUGGUUGUACAAUUUGCUAGGGCUGCUAUUAAAAAAACUGUUGAAUAA